CUGAGCCCUCCACUGCCUGGCUUGCGGGGGUGGGGGGCUCUGGUUUCUUGGCCCCCUCUCCUUCCAUUCAGCAUCCAUAAGGAUCCCAGACCAUCACCCUGCCAUGGUUAAACCCAACCUCCAGUGCCUCUGACCUCUUCCUGGGGCCAGUAUGGUCACCCCCUGGUAUGGUCACAUUCCAUCUCAUUGCGGGGUCGUCUUGCCUGCCCGGCUCAGGCUGAUGGAGACAGAUGUAAUUAUGGAAUUUUGCUUGGGAAAUUAAUUUGAAAAAGUUAAUUAAUUGGCGGUUCCGGAGGUGGCGGGCUCCACGCUCAGCCGGUCCUGCUGACGUUAGUGCUGACCCGCCUGAAAUGGGCAGGCCGGUAAGAGGGACCCCAGUGACCUGGCUGGGCAGACCCGUGUCCUGGCUCAGGGGGGACACCUGGGAGGUGGGUGUCACCUGAAUCUGCUAAGAGGCACUCUGAAAUCUGAGAACUCAGCCACUUGUUUGAAUGUUCACCAAGCAGUUGUCAAGCUUCUACUAUGCAAGUGCCCCCAGCCAACAUAGACCACUGAGUGUUUCGUCCAGUUCUUCUGAAUCCCUUUUCUCAAGGAAAACCUCUAAACCUGUUCCCAAAGCUUUUCCAUAGAGUUUGGAUGCACCGUACAGCUGAAACAACUGAAGAUUCAGAGGGUAUGACUUGCCCAAGCCAUUCAGCUAUAUUCUCCAGCAGAAUGGAGUAGCGGAUGUAUAAAGAGUGAAAGCACUUCCACGUGGACACCCAACCAUGUACCUGCGCUGAGUGGCAACUCCCACCAGGUCUCUCUGUCCUGGGCGGCAGGACCCCGGUGCUUGUCUGUGGACCCCCCGCAGUUGGCAGGCUCCCCCGGCAGCGGGGUCCGGGCCUCGGCCCCACCAUGUCGAGCCUCAGCAGUGGCCCCCAGGACACCGGCGGCAGCAGCAGCAGUGGCACCAAUGGCAGCAGUGGCAGUGGCCCAAAGGCGGGAGUGGCAGACAAGAGUGCGGCGGUGGCCACUGCUGCGCCAGCCUCAGUGGCGGAUGAUGCCCCACCCCCCGAGCGGCGGAACAAGAGCGGCAUCAUCAGUGAACCCCUCAACAAGAGCUUGCGCCGCUCCCGCCCCCUCUCCCACUACUCUUCGUUUGGGGGCAGCGGCGGCAGUGGCGGCGGGAGCAUGAUGGGCGGGGAGUCGGCCGAAAAGGCGGCCGCAGCUGCCGCCUCCCUGUUGGCCAACGGGCACGACCUGGCGGCGGCCAUGGCUGUGGACAAAAGCAACUCUACCUCAAAGCACAAAAGCGGUGCUGUGGCCAGCCUGCUGAGCAAGGCGGAGCGCGCCACGGAGCUGGCGGCCGAGGGACAGCUGACGCUGCAGCAGUUUGCGCAGUCCACGGAGAUGCUGAAGCGCGUGGUGCAGGAGCACCUACCGCUGAUGAGCGAGGCGGGUGCCGGCCUGCCCGACAUGGAGGCUGUGGCGGGGGCUGAAGCCCUCAACGGCCAGUCCGACUUCCCCUACCUGGGCGCCUUUCCCAUCAACCCGGGCCUCUUCAUCAUGACCCCCGCGGGCGUGUUCCUGGCUGAGAGCGCGCUGCACAUGGCCGGCCUGGCCGAGUACCCCAUGCAGGGAGAGCUGGCCUCCGCCAUCAGCUCAGGCAAGAAGAAGCGGAAACGCUGCGGCAUGUGUGCGCCCUGCCGGCGGCGCAUCAACUGCGAGCAGUGCAGCAGUUGUAGGAACCGAAAGACUGGCCAUCAGAUUUGCAAAUUCAGAAAAUGUGAGGAACUCAAAAAGAAGCCUUCCGCUGCUCUGGAGAAGGUGAUGCUUCCGACGGGAGCCGCCUUCCGGUGGUUUCAGUGACGGCGGCGCGAACCCAAAGCUGCCCUCUGCGUGCAAUGUCACUGCUCGUGCGGUCUCCGGCAAGGGAUUCGGGCGAAGACAAACGGAUGCACCCGUCUUUAGAACCAAAAAUAUUCUCUCACAGAUUUCAUUCCUGUUUUUAUAUAUAUAUUUUUUGUUGUCGUUUUAACAUCUCCACGUCCCUCGUAUAAAAAAGAAAAACAAAAAAAAUUUAACUGCUUUUUUUGGAAGAACAACAGCAACAACAACAACAAAAAAAAGAGGUAAAGACGAAUCUAUAAAGUACCGAGACUUCCUGGGCAAAGAAUGGACAAUCAGUUUCCUUCCUGUGUCGAUGUCGAUGUUGUCUGUGCAGGAGAUGCAGUUUUUGUGUAGAGAAUGUAAAUUUUCUGUAACCUUUUGAAAUCUAGUUACUAAUAAGCACUACUGUAAUUUAGCACAGUUUAACUCCACCCUCAUUUAAACUUCCUUUGAUUCUUUCCGACCAUGAAAUAGUGCAUAGUUUGCCUGGAGAAUCCACUCAUGUUUAUAAAGAGAAUGUUGAUGGCGCCGUGUCGAAGCCCCUCUGUAUCCAUCCAUGCGUGUGGAGCUGCCGCUAGGUGCUCACAGCGCGGGAGGGGGCAGCCCACCCACCCCCGGGGCACCCACGGGCCCCAGAAUGGGAGCCCCCCCACCCCUAACUGUGAUGAUUUUGCAAAAAUGAAAGUUCUGUUCAUUUAUCCAUUGAGAUCUGGGGAGCCCAUGUCUCUAUUUCUGAUCCUGGCUACUUACCUUGGAGAAAAUAAGUCCUUUUUUCUGGCCUCACUGAUGGCAACAGAAGAAAGGACUUCUCUGCGUGGCCCCCUGCCAGUGGGGGCGGGUGCCCAGGGGCCCCCUGUGGCCUGGGCCCCCUUGCCCAUGGCCAGCUUCCUGCUGAUGAACAUGCUGUUUGUAUUGUUUUAGGAAACCAGGCUGUUUUGUGAAUAAAACGAAUGCAUGUUUGUGUCACG